AUGGUACCCAACAGAUCGGAUUCUGCUCUGAACCCGGCUUUCAUUGCCAUUCUCCUGACCCUCAUCAUCUCUCUCAACCCCCUCAAGUUCUUCUUCUACCUCGCUAUCUUUUCUUGCACCUAUGUUCUCCUUGUCGUGAAUCCAGUUGAGGUCCAACUCUUGAUUUCGAAGAUGGAGGCUAAAGCCGCAGAGCUCGUGGCGACCUUGAAGAAUGUCAACCUGUCUGUUGAUAACAAGGUGGCUCACCUCACAAGCGUCAAAUCCGACAUCAAACAGAAAAACGUUCCAGAAGGGGCAAUUUCAUCCGUCUUUGAAUCUCUCCGGCUGUCCAUAGCCUCUCACCAUUCCUCUCUUCUUUCUGCUGGCUUUUCCACCCUCGGCCACUUUUUAAAGCGGCUGUUCAUCCAAGACCAGCACCAUUAUGUCUCACUCCAAGGCCGUAUUCUCUACCCUAUCCUUUUGGAGCGCCUGGGGGACCACAAAGAGCGUGUUCGAGCUCAGGCCGCCCAAGCAUUUACUGAUCUAUGGCCGGCUGCGGGUCCGGAUGUCGAACACUAUGUACUCGAAACUGCUCUAGUGGGCAAAAAUGCCAGAGCCAAGGAAAUGAGCAUGAUAUGGCUUUCGAAUAUGACAAAAACCCAUGGUCUUCUUUUCCGUACAUAUGUACCUAGUCUCGUCGCGUGUCUUGAAGAUGCCGACCCUGCAGUUCGUGACACAGCGAAGAUGACUGUUGUCGAACUCUUUCAGAAUGCCCCCGCACGGGCCAAGACUGACCUGAAAAAGCAAAUGGCUGCUCAUGACGUCAGAAAAUCAAUCGUCAAUGCGAUCCUAACGAAUAUCGGGUUGAGUUCCGAUCAGGAACAUGCAUCUUCUAUUUCUCGACCCGCUUCUCGGGCAGAAGCCUUACACCAGCGGCCUGUUUCAGUGAUGUCUUCACGUUCUCAGCACCACAGUGAAGUGCCCCACGAAGAUUCUGAACCCGUUAAACGCCGCCCUAUCUCAUCCAAAAGUGAUCAGAGCCGAAUGAUCAGUGUGCCACAUGGUGGUGCUGAAGAGUUGCCCGAUGCUUCUAUUCCUCAGAACAGCCCGCCGGUGGGCGAUGAUGUCGAACCUUUGAUUAUCGCAUCAGCUCGUGAAAUCGAUGACAUUGUGCAUGAUAUGAUCCCUUGGUUUGAUGGUAGGGAGACUGAGGAAAAUUGGAUUGCUCGUGAAAGAAGUGUUUGUACCCUCAGACGACUUACACAUGGCAAUGCUCCCCAUGCAUUCCCCGCCCAAUUCCUCGGUGCCAUGAAGAGCCAACUUGAUAGCAUCUUCAAGGUUGUUAAUUCUCUGCGCACUACGAUGUGCACAAACGGCUGUCUAUUGAUACAAGACCUCGCCAAAAUAUGUGGUCCUAGAAUCGACCCAAUGGUUGAAAUCAUGAUGCAAAAUCUUGUCAAACUUUGUGCUGGAAUGAAGAAAAUCAGCUCCCAAAAUGGAAAUGCUACUGUCGAUGCAGUAAUCGGAAAUGUGACCUUCACUUCACGUAUCUUACAACAUGUCACAUCCGCUUGUCAGGACAAGAAUGUCCAAUUGCGCCUUAGCGCAGCGGGUUGGCUUAAAACUAUCAUCAACAAGCAAGCCCAUCACAGGAGCUCCAUGGAGCACGGCGGUGGCUUGGAUAUGGUUGAAAAGUCCAUUAAGAAGGGCCUAUCCGAUGCCAACCCUGGUGUCAGGGAGGUUAUGCGCAGCACAUUCUGGGUCUUUUUCGGCGUUUGGACCGAAAAAGCUGAUGACAUCUUAUCGAAUCUCGAUGCCAAAUCCCGUUCCUUGCUUGAAAAGGAUCCAUCAAAUCCAAACAUUGACCACUCCGCAUCUAAAGGUCCGGCUGCACGAAAGGGCCCGAACCGUUCUGCCUUGAAAGAGGCCAUUGCCGCCCGUAAGAAGGCUCAGCUUAAGCCGGCGAAUCCGAUGCCUCCUCGACCGGAGUCAGCUCAAUCGUCAUUUUCUGAAGUGAAAACGUCUGAUCUUCCCCCCAAGUCAUCGACAGUCAGGACUGUGCCAACAGGCGCAUCUCUAUCUUCCCUUUCAUCCGCCCCGAUGCGACCGGCUAUGAAGCCUCGACGGCCUGAAUUGGCUCGUCCUGCAACUGCGGAUCCGUAUGCUUCCCGCAAGUCUACGGCCACCGAAUCGCGUUCGAAAGCUCCCUCUAGGCUUGACAGCUCUCCGAGGACAACGAGGACCAAAUCAUCUACACCUUCAUCGAAACCACCCAGUGCUACUCGCCCCAGACAAAAGACUGAUCCGGUGCAUGUGAGCACGACUAAGAGCAAACCAAAGAAACUUGAUAUUUCCAAAUCUCGAUCUCAUGACCCACAUCUUGCCAUAAGCCGUUCAAGAAGUAAUUCGAAUGAGAGCACGGCGCACCAAUAUCUUGAACGAGCGCGCGACCCGAGCACUCCUGGCCCCAUGGAUGAACCCGAGUCGCCGGCGCCAAUCCAACUGGAGAGUCCUCCAAGACCCAUGAUGCAUCAGCCAGUCCCUGCUCUGCACAAGUCUGUCCUGAGCAACGAUGCUAUCACAGCGCCUCAUGAUCCACAUCCGACUUUCGAGGAACCAGGCGCCCCUGAACCCCCACACGAUCUUGUUACGGAGCCCAGCAAUCAUGUACACCAUCCUAAUAACGCUUCAAACAACAUGCCUAAGCAACCCGAGCCUGUGAUUAUCUACGAAGAUCCCAUCUUGCCGGCUUUAGCUGAACCGGAACACCAUGCGGAUAUCGCUAUUCCCGACGAACCUGCUACUACUGCAGAGGUACCGGCUGAGGAUGAGGAACCGAAGCCCGAAGAUCGAGAUAUUAUCCCCAUUGAUGCACCUGAAUCAGCGCCCAUCCCGGAUGACUCUCAACACUCGGUUUCUGGCUUGGAUCAUGUGCCGGAGGCCGAUCCCACGAAUAUCGAUACACAUAAUGAAUUGCCCGUUCCUGAAGAACCUGAGACACCAAAAAAGCCAUCGCCGUUAGUGGCUCAUUAUUCGACUACGCCUGCAGAUUCUACAAGAAUCCACGGUAUCCCAUCACUGGGCCCAUCUGAUUCGGCCAUUGCAAAUGACAACGAAAAUACUACGCCAUACAACGGGGUUGCUCCCGUUCCUCCCGCUAAUCGAUCUGUGUCUAAAAGCAAUGCCCUUGAGGAGCUUCCUACACACGAACCGUCUCAUCGAGACAACCUGCAGCCUCGACAUGUCGAAGCUAAACAACAAUCCGUCGAAGUUGACCCAUCUUACCGUUCUUGGAGGAAAGCUGAACCCACGGAAAAGCGGAGUAUCAGUCCACGCUCUAAAGACCCCGCCAAUGCACGAGAAAUGAUUUCCAAGGGAAUUAACCGCAUUCGCACCAAAUCUAUGGAUAUUCACGGAUACCGCAAGUUGCAAAAGCUUAUCGAAUAUCACGACGGCAUCUUUACCGAACAAGCGAUGUACAAUGAGAUGUUGAUUGCUCUGCUUGACGAGUUGGAAAGUCCGUCUACCGAAAAGAAACAAUCAUCUGCCCGCUCAUCAGAUGUGAAGACCCAAGUGCUCCUCGCUGUUCGAAUCAUGUUCGCUCAUAACCGAGACUACUUUACGGUACACUGUCCCAAGGCGAUGACUGCGCUUGUCAAAGCACGACGACAGUACGAAUCGAACUGCCACAUCGUCAGUGGCCUCGACGAAACAGCCGACGAGAUUGUUGCGAUCUGCGAACCCUCCGACGUCAUCGACGCCCUUCUAGACCUCAUGUGGGACGAAGACAAGAACGAAGGGGGCUACCGCGCAAUCACUAUGGGGGUUUCUGUUUCGUCGAAGAUCCUCCGACGCCUCAAUGGCAGCCACGUGCGUCUCUCCGAGCGCAUCGUGGACCGUCUUGGCAAAUUUGCCAACCAAAACCUGACCGACGCGCAAGCCGACGUCAGGCGACAAGUGACGGAUCUGUGUGUGCAACUACACACGCAGAUUGCCUGCGAGGAGAGGUUCUGGAGGGUGCUCGGGUCGCCCCGGGAGAACUCCCGGAACCUGCUGACCUACUACAUUGCCAGGAAAUCCUGA